AUGCCCAGUCCUAGUGCUCACGCAGUAGCAAGCAGCUCUGUUUAUCAGGGGGAUACGUUAGAUCCAGCUUCAGCUAAUCUAGAGACGGAAGGGAGCAACUAUUUUAGCAUCAAACAUUCUGAGGUUCCUACGGAUAAUCUGACCAAAUCGCAAACUUCGGAUGGCAAAGAUUGCUAUGCUCACAGUAGCAACAAUUCGGUAUCUUCCAUACAGACAAAUUUUUCUGAUAUUACGCUGGUUGAUCGUCCCUUUUUUCAUUCCAAAGAACCAUCCAGAACGGAUUCGUUGGACAGCAAAACCACUUUAACCGAAUCCCUUAGACACAAGCAUUUGCAAACACCUCCGGCUACGAGUUCGUCCCCUUUCUUCAAGUUUAACACCCCUGCUAGACCAAUCCGUCAUUCAAGUUCCAAAAGUCAAACGCUAGAGCCGACUUUGAGAAAGUUCCCAACUUCUCCAUAUGGUUUCAAAAACCCCGAUGAAAUUAUCUCUAGGAUGAACAAAGAUUAUCAGCAUACCCUAUCCAGUGAAGUCCAACUGCUUUCAUCCUCAGAAGUGGCGCAAUUACUGGCCAAUUGCCACUCCUACGAAGAACUGGAGCUAUCUAACUUGAUCAUUAUUGACGUGCGCCCGUUUGCUGAGUAUUGUAAGAGCCAUCUUCCAGGUUCGAUAAAUAUUUGUCUUCCAUCGACGUUGGCCAAGAGACCAACGUUCACCCUUCAGAAGUGUUUGUCUAUUUUGGACUUGAACGAUAGAAACCUUUUCUAUCACCACCUGGAACACAGUCAAAAUUUGUUCAAGGACGGUAAUAUCCAGAAUCUCGAUUUGGCGAACAAAUUGAAUAACGGGAUUCCAUACGGCGAUAGGGGUCUUCCUGCCGUGCUAAUCUAUGAUUUAGCUAGCAGGGAUGAAAAUUCUUGCUCAUUGCCGUUGUCUACUCUAACUUCCAAGUUUGUCCAUGAUUCUCAGUGGAACUCUCCCAUUUAUACAAUCAGUGGAGGGUUUAGCCAGUUCAACGAAGACUAUCCUGCUUUAUCACUCAGUUCGUUGAAUCCUAAUAUUUGCUCUGUUAGUCCUGAUCCCAUUCAAAGUCAUGCCGCAACAGAAGCUAGUAGCCCUAAAUUUUCUCGGAAAUCAUCUUUACCAGUGUUACGCAGACAGCUCACCGAGAAUACGGUUGAUAAAUCCCCAACAUUAACUAAAUUUACUCUUCCUGAUCCUCCCAGCGUUCCGCUUUUCAAAACAAGGCUCGGGGAAGAAGUGAUUUCUAGCAAGCCUGACUACUCCAUGGUGUUGAACAUGGAGGAUUUUACUGACUAUGAAAAGGCCAAUCUACCACCUUGGAUCCUUCGUAUCAUUGGGGAUGAUCAUGGGGCUACGGCAAUUAGCAAAAAGUUUUAUCACCUCGAGAUUAACGAAAAGGAAAGGCUAAGUUUGGCCUUUAGCAACAAACAUCAAAAAUCAGAUAUAGACGCCCCUAAGGUAUCCAAGGGUGUAGAGUUAGGAUCAAAGAACAGAUACAAGGAUAUAUUCCCAUAUGAGCAUUCCAGAGUGAAAUUAGUCACGUCACCUGUAUUAGAAAUUGACCAUUCAGAAGACUACAUUAAUGCAAAUUAUCUUACUACAGGCGUCACGCCAACAACAUACAUAGCGACACAAGGCCCACUGGAAGAAACAAUUGGUGAUUUCUGGAGGUUGAUAUUAGACCAAGGGUCUUACUUAAUCUUCUCUUUAACGGCGCAGAAUGAAAAUGGAGUUGAAAAAUGUGCUCCUUUCUGGAAAUGUGGAGAGUAUACCAGUGGAAGAAAGAUAAUUACUGUUGAAUUGAUUGAAAGCGACGAGAAUGUGAAACUAGGUUCAGGCAAGAGUUUUUCUUUAACCGUGAGACGUCUACGUGUCAGUACUGCUAAUAUCAGCAGAGAAGUAUUACAGUUGCAAGUUUCUUCCUGGCCAGAUUUCGGGACACUAUUGAUGAAUGACCUCUUGAAUUUAAUUUAUCUCAGAAGGUAUAUUGCCAGGAAUUGUCGAGAUAAAGAACAUAAUGUCCCAAUAGUCGUUCAUUGCUCUGCGGGCUGUGGAAGAACCGGAACAUUUUGUUCAAUCGACGCAGUUGUGGAACAUCUGUUAAAGGAUAGCAGUUUGACAUCGAAAAACUGUAGCGCCACCUAUGACCCAGUUUGGAGAAUAGUAGAAGAGUUUAGAAAGCAGCGUGUUUUCAUGGUCCAAACUUUGAGACAAUAUCUGCUGGUUUAUGAUACCAUCAUCUUAUUCCUUCGAUUGUAUCUCAAGGACAAGGACUCAAAUGUAGUUCAUGAUCAUUGCGAUUACUCAGGCGAACGAAUAUCCAUCGUUGAGAACUUCGUUGAGACUAAAAGAAAGGAGCAACCCCCCUUUGAAGCGGAAUACUAG